AUGUCUGCAGUGCCCCGCAACUUCCGCCUUUUGGAGGAGCUCGAGAAAGGCGAGAAGGGCAUCGGAGACGGGUCGUGCUCGUAUGGUCUUGAGGAUAGCGACGAUAUUAUGAUGAGCCAUUGGAAUGGUACGAUCAUUGGUCCAGGACAUACCGUGCACGAGAAUCGCAUCUACAGUCUCAAGAUCACUUGUGGCGAUAGCUAUCCGGAGGAGCCACCCACCAUCCAAUUCAUAUCCCGCGUCAACCUGCCUUUCGUCAGUCCAGUCGAUGGAAAGGUCGACCCAUCGAAGCUUCCCGUGCUCGCUCAUUGGAACAGAAACAACAGUAUUGAGACAGUCUUGGUAGAGAUCCGGAGGGAGAUGGCAUCCUUCAACAACCGGAAAUUGCCCCAGCCUCCGGAGGGCAGCACCUUCUAA